AUGGUCAAAUCGGAUUUAAAAAACCAGCCCUGCCACCUAAUUACCUACCUAAUACAGUACAUAAAUGGAACAAAUAUGAGUGUUGAACGUUUGGCAGAUGUUCUUUCUGAGAGAACUGGGAGCAGAAGCUGGGUGGUAGUGUUUAAGGCCCUGGUCACUGUACAUCACCUUAUGGUGCAUGGAAAUGAGCGUUUCAUCCAACAUCUUGCAUCUAGAAACUCUUUGUUCACUUUACACAACUUCCUGGAUAAAAGUGUCAUAGAAGGCUACACCAUGUCAACCUUCAUCAGACGAUACAGCCGCUACCUGAAUGAGAAAUCCCUCGCAUGUAGAUUGAUCACGUUGGACAUCACCAAAACCAAGAGAGGGAUGGAUGGUAUGAUGAGAACUCUGGAUACCAAACAGCUGCUAAACACUCUUCUGGUGAUUCAGAUUCAGUUUGAUGCUCUUCUCAACUUUAACGCAAAUCCUGAUGAAGUAACGAAUGGUGUGAUGCACGCCGCUUUCACUCUCCUCUUUAAGGAUUCUCUUCGCCUCUUUGCAGCCUAUAACGAGGGGAUCCUUAAUCUGCUAGACAAAUUUUUCGGUAUGACGAAAAACCAGUGCAAGGAGAGUCUGGAUAUUUACCUCAAAUUCCUUGAAAGAACAACCAAAAUGGCACAUUUCCUGAAAGUUGCAGAGCAAGUUGGAAUUGACCAGGAUGACAUUCCAUAUCUUACGCAGGCACCCUACAGUUUACUUGAAGCACUAAAACAGCAUUUAGCUUCUUUGGAAGAGAAAGAGGACAGUUCGCCUCCUUACAGUCUCCAGCAUACAUUGAUUCCCUCCAUCCCGAAUAAUCCAGUUGUGAAAACUUCAGCAAGCGGAUCUUGGUUUACAGCCUACAAACCUACUGGAGCCAGAAAGCAACAUGAAAAAACCGUGGCAAACAAUCUGGACAGAUCACUUAUUAGCCUUAUAGAAGAUUUUAACCAUGGAGAACCCUCAGUCAAAAAAUCUGACAUGAAGUGGCGUUGGCCUUCAGAGGUGGAAAUUGCUGGAGGAAUCAAGUGGCAGUUGAAUACCUACACCAGCACGUCAACCAUCUGGAAAUAUAUUUCUCUUCCUUCUGUUUCUUCCAUGAGGUUUGAAUAUGAGGCAUGGAUUGCAGGGGGGAGUUACUCCGUUCAGACUCCAACGGGAGCUUCUUUCCUGAUAGGAUCUCAACCCCGGAUUCGUUCGCAACCAGUUUUAAGGAUCAGCAGUCCUGCUCCAUCCAAAAGAUAUAACUCACAAUCCAUGUAAAAGUACCGAAGCAAAAAGGUUCCAAUUCAGAGAUGAACAAAGGUGAUGAUCUCUCUACA